UGUGUUGUCUCCCCCGCCAGGUGAGAUCCGCAUGGUGUUCGUCCUCUACAGGAACCUGGGCUCCUACCUGUCUACAGAUAAUGCCAGUGUUGGUCUGGGCAGCGAGGCUCUCUAUCCUAACUACUCUGUCAUAGUCAACUCUCCUGUUAUUACUGCUGCUAUCAACAAGGAGAGCAACAAGGUCUAUCUGUCUGAACCGGUGGUCUUCACUGUCAAACACCUGCAGCAUUCAGAGGAGAACUUCAACCCCAACUGUUCUUUCUGGAGUUAUUCCAAGCGGUCCAUGACUGGGUUCUGGUCCAGUCAGGACUGUCGACUACUGGACACCAACAGAACACACACCACCUGCUCCUGUACUCAUCUGACCAGCUUUGCUGUGCUGAUGGCACACGUUGAAGUCAAGGUAGGUCAGAGAUUGACUAGUCAUGUCUGGGCCUGCUGUCCUGAUGGCACACGUUGAAGUCAAGGUAGAUCAGAGAUUGACUAGUCAUGUCUGGGCCUUCUGUACUGAUGGCACAUGUUGAGGUCAAGGUAGAUCAGAGAUUGACUAGUCAUGUCUGGGCCAUCUAUACUGAUGGCACACGUUGAAGUCAAGGUAGAUCAGAGAUUGACUAGUCAUGUCUAAAGGCUUGUGAUUGAUGAUCAGGGCCCCAUAGUAAAGGUGUGUGAUUGAUGAUCAGGGCCCCAUAGUAAAGGUGUGUGAUUGAUGAUCAGGGCCCCAUAGUAAAGGUGUGUGAUUGAUGAUCAGGGCCCCAUAGUAAAGGCGUGUGAUUGAUGAUCAGGGCCCCAUAGUAAAGUGUGUGAUUGAUGAUCAGGGCCCCAUAGUAAAGGCGUGUGAUUGAUGAUCAGGGCCCCAUAGUAAAGGUGUGUGAUUGAUGCAUCAGGGCCCCAUAGUAAAGGCAUGUGUCAGCAGUUGAUGUUAUCCUUCAGUAACACAAACCCCGAAGCAAAUCUCAGUGAUUCUCUCCUCAGUGAUUCUCUCCUCAGUGAUUCUCUCCUCAGUGAUUCUCUCCUCAGUGA